UCAUUAUAAAAAUAUAACAAAAUUAAAAAAAUUUUUUUUCUUUAUUUUUUUUUUUUUUUGGUUAAUAAAAAUUUCAUAAUACAAUUAGAUUUUUAAAUUUUACAAUUACUUUUUCAAUUAAUUAUUUUUUUUAUUUAUUUCGUUUAUUGUGUAUCGCCAUUUUUAUAAUUUGUAUCACGUGAUCUUGAAGAGAGAGAUCAGCAACAGCACCGGGUUCCAAUCACGUCUGAUUCGUCACACAAAAAAAAAGAAAAAAAUCAACCACCAAGUCCCAAGAGGAAAGGGACAGAGGAAAAAAAAAAAAAAAAUACACAAGUGGAUUGAAAAUAUAUUUUUUUUGUAAUCACGCGUGUGUUGAAAAAUCAAGAAUUAUAGUAAUAUUGACUCCAAAUAAUUUUUGUUAUUAAAACGUGACUUGUGUAAUAUUGUGAUCUUUUGAUCAUGAAUCCACGUGAAUUAACUGAUUUGCUGCGUGCAUCAAUUGAUCCGGCACAGCAAAAACAAGCUGAGGAUCAACUUAAUCGGAUUCACAAAAUCAUUGGUUUUGCUCCAAGUCUAUUACAAGUUAUUAUGUCAAAUGAGGUUGAUUUGCCUGUCAGACAAGCAGGUGUUAUUUAUCUUAAAAAUUUGAUAACAACAAAUUGGGCAACAAGAGAAGUUGAAAAUGGACCAGCACCAUUUAGUAUACAUGAACAAGAUCGUGUUAUGAUACGUGAUGCAAUUGUUGAUGCUGUUGUACAUGCACCAGAAAUAAUAAAAAUUCAACUUGCUGUUUGUAUAAGUAAUAUUGUUAAACAUGAUUUUCCAGGUAGAUGGACACAAAUUGUUGAUAAAAUAACAAUAUAUUUAAAAAAUCCUGAUGCAUCAUGUUGGCCAGGUGUAUUACUUGCACUUUAUCAACUUGUUAAAAAUUUUGAAUAUAAAAAAGCUGAAGAAAGAAGUCCAUUAAAUGAAGCUAUGAAUUUAUUAUUUCCAAUGAUAUAUCAAUUGAUUGUUUCAUUAUUACCAGAUCCAUCAGAACAAUCAGUAUUAUUACAAAAACAAAUAUUAAAAAUUUUUUUUGCCUUAACACAAUAUUCAUUACCAUUGGAUUUAAUAUCACGUGAUGUAUUUUCACAAUGGAUGGAUGUUGUACGUCAAGUUGCUGAUCGUCCAGUACCACAAGAAACAUAUACUGCUGAUCUUGAUGAUGAUGAAAAAGCUGAAUUAGCAUGGUGGAAAUGUAAAAAAUGGGCAUUACAUAUUGUUCAUCGUAUGUUUGAAAGAUAUGGUAGUCCUGGUAAUGUUACUAAAGAAUAUAAAGAAUUUUCUGAAUGGUAUUUACAAACAUUUUCUGGUGGUAUACUUGAGGUAUUGUUAAAAAUUCUUGAUCAAUAUCGUCGUAAUAUAUAUGUAUCACCACGUGUUAUACAACAAUCAAUAAAUUAUAUUAAUCAAGCUGUAAGUCAUGGACAUUCAUGGAAAUUUUUAAAACCUCAUAUGUUUGAAAUAAUACGUGAUGUAUUAUUUCCAAUAUUAUCAUAUUCUGAAGCUGAUGAAGAAUUAUGGAAAGCAGAUCCAUAUGAAUAUAUACGUAUUAAAUUUGAUAUAUUUGAAGAUUUUGUAUCACCAGUAACAGCAGCACAAACUUUACUUCAUUCAGCAUGUAAAAAACGUAAAGAUAUGUUAGCUAAAACAUUGGAAUUUUGUAUUAAUGUAUUAAGAUCACAAAAUGCUGAUCCAAGACAAAAAGAUGGUGCAUUACAUAUGAUUGGUUCACUUGCUGAUAUAUUAUUAAAAAAAAAAUUAUAUAAAGAACAAAUGGAUAAAAUGUUAUUACAAUAUGUUUAUCCAGAAUUUAAUAGUUCACAUGGACAUAUGCGUGCACGUGCAUGUUGGGUAUUACAUUAUUUUUCAGAAAUUAAAUUUAAACAAGAAAAUAUACUUGUUGAAGCAAUACGUUUAACAACAAAAGCAUUAUUAACUGAUCAAGAUUUACCAGUUAAAGUUGAAGCAGCAAUAUGUUUACAAACAUUAUUAAAUGGACAAGAUAAAGCACAAAAAUAUAUUGAACCAUUAAUAAAAGAUAUAACACUUGAAUUAUUAAAAAUAAUACGUGAAACUGAAAAUGAUGAUUUAACAAGUGUUAUGCAAAAAAUUGUUGUAACAUAUACACAACAAGUAUUACCAAUUGCUGUUGAAAUAUGUGAACAUUUAUCUAAAACAUUUAGUCAAGUACUUGAAACAGAUGAGGGUAGUGAUGAAAAAGCAAUAACAGCAAUGGGUUUAUUAAAUACAAUUGCAACAUUAUUAACUGUUAUGGAAUGUAAUCCAGAUGUUAUGUCACAAUUACAACCAAUUGUCUUACAAGUUAUUGCACAUAUAUUUGAACAUAAUGUUAUUGAAUUUUAUGAAGAAGCAUUAUCACUUGUUUAUGAUUUAACAAGUAAAUCAAUAUCUGAAGAUAUGUGGAAAGUAUUGGCAUUAAUGUAUCAAUUAUUUCAAAAAGAUGGUUUUGAUUAUUUUACUGAUAUGAUGCCAGCAUUACAUAAUUAUAUAACUGUUGAUACACAAUUAUUUUUAUCAAAUGAACAUCAUAUACUUGCUAUGUUUAAUAUGUGUAAAACAAUAUUAACUGGUGAUGCUGGUGAAGAUCCAGAAUGUCAUGCUGCAAAAUUAUUAGAAGUUAUUAUAUUACAAUGUAAAGGACAUAUUGAUCAAGCAAUACCACCAAUGGUACAACUUGUAUUAGAAAGAUUAACACGUGAAGUUAAAACAUCUGAAUUACGUACAAUGUGUUUACAAGUUGUUAUUGCUGCACUUUAUUAUAAUCCAGCAUUAUGUUUAGAUGCUAUGAAUAGAUUACAAGGUACAUUGGGACAAUCAACUGAACCAAUUGCAUCACAUUUUAUUAAACAAUGGAUACAUGAUACUGAUUGUUUUUUGGGUUUACAUGAUAGAAAAUUAUGUGUAUUAGGAUUAUGUACACUUGUAUCAAUGGGUCCAAAUCAUAGACCAAAUGCUAUUAAUGAAUGUGCUGGACAAGUUAUACCAUCAUUAAUAUUAUUAUUUGAUGGUCUUAAACGUGCAUAUGCAUCUAAAGUUGCUGAUUGUGAUGAUGAAGCUGAUGAUGAAGAAGGAAGUGAAUUUGAAGAAGAAGUAUUGAGCUCUGAUGAGGAUGAAAUUGAUGAAGAUGGACAAGAAUAUUUGGAAAAAAUACAAGAUAAAGUACAAAGAGCUAAUGAUGGAAGAUUUGAUAUUAAUUCAUCAAUUGUUAGUGGUAAUGAUGAUGACGAUGAUGAUGAUGAUGAAUCAGAAUUUGAACCAAAUGAAGAAACAACACUUGAAUGUUAUAUAACACCACUUGAUUUUGAAGAUAAUAAUCAAGAUGAAUAUGUUGUAUUUAAAGAAGUCAUGCAAAAUAUUGAAAGAACAGAUGGACAAUGGUAUCAAGCACUAACAUCUCAUUUAACUGUUGAACAACAAAAAUCACUUCAAGAAGUUAUUCUUUUGGCUGAUCAACGAAAAGCUGCACUUGAAAGUAAAAGAAUCGAACAGAGUGGUGGAUAUGCAUUCACAUCACAGACUGUACCAGCAACAUUUAGUUUCGGUGGUACUCCACUAGGCCGAUAAAUAAUAAACUUUUAUUUUAUUGAUAUAUUUUUUUUUUUUUUUUUUCUCAUUUACUUACAUCUUUAUAUGUUUAAAAUUUAUUAUUAAAAAAAAAAACAAUGAAUUGCAAAAGUAAAUAAACAGAAGAAAAAAAAAAAAAUAAUAUACAAAACCAACUGAAAAAAUUGAUCAACAAUGAAAUUUAUGACAAAAUCAACAACAAAGAAAAAUAAUUUUACGAUGUUUUUUUGAUGGAUUAAAAGAAAAAAAAACUUAUAAUUGUUGAAUUGUAUUUGUUUGACUAUUUUUAAUGAUAAAAUUGGAUGCAUUUUUUUAUUCACUAUUUUUGUGUAUGAUGAUAAGCUCUUGUAAAUUAAUAAUAUUACGCUCAAGCGUAUGACAACUCCGUGAAUUAAUGCUGUGGAAAAUGAAGUUUAAAAAAAAAUAAA